AUGUCAAAUGUCGAUAUAUCAAGUGACGGCCUCAUCGUCGAUUACGACUCGCGAGGUUAUCUCCCGCAAUCAUGGCCCGUAGCCGUCGACCAAAACCCCUCGCGCCCGGAGGAUGCUCAUGAUCUGUCGCCGCUUCAAACCAGCGGUCACCCCCUGGAACAGUCGGUGGCCCAAGAUCCCAACCUGAUGGUCGACUGGCACUACCACCAACAACUGCAACAGACCCCUCACCAUCACCCACAAUUAUCAUAUUCACCCGAGGAUCCGUCGUCAGCGCCCCAGUUCACGGCCGCCAGCUAUGGAAUGGCCAUUCAGUCGUCCCCGGUGGAUCUCAUGUCCGCCGGUCCUCAAGGUCAAAUGAGCGCCGGUCUGCUCGAUAAUUCCUAUCAUCUGCCACUGGCGGCCCCCGUCGACAUGGUGCCCUUUACCUAUCACGACUUCCAAGCCGAUUUGAUGGCUUUCAAUGGAUUGCCGGACGUUUCAUAUGCUGCCCCGCACCCUCUUCUGGAGAGCAGUUCGCCGACGGACACCUAUCUCGAGGUCCGUUCCCUAUCCAGUAGCGAUAAUGGUUGGAGUACCGUCGAUCACCGCCGCUCGCUGGAUUUCGGUUUCCCGGAGCAGGGCAUCUUCGUCAACCCCACUCAGACGUUGCAUGAUCGCAGUCUUUCAGAAUCGUCCUACUCGACUUCUUACGGCAGCUUCGUCGAUAUCGCCAACCCCAUCAGCUCUCCCGGUUCCGAAGGUAACAUGGACUUCCCCUACAACCACCAUAGCACUGCCUUGAGCUUGGCUACCUCCCCGACCAGUACCUCCAUGGUCCGCCGUGUGACCGAGGAGCAAUCUUCCCCCUUCUCCGGUGCUGGUACCGGUUCUCGCUCCCCAUCGGCGGUCAGCCCCAGUGCCAUGGUUCGCCCAAUCCCAGUUCCUAUUAAGAAGUCCACCUCGCCCACGCGCUCAUCGGGCUCGCAAUCGUCCGCGUCGCCGCCGAGCAGGAAACCGUCUCGUAAGAGUCCCAUCGCGGCCAAGACGGCCGAGACCAAGGUCCGCAAGCAAUCGCAGACCGGCAAGCCCGAGACCGAGAAGCGUGUGGGCAAGCGUAAGGGUCCCCUCAAGCCCGACCAGCGCAAGCAGGCCAGUGAGAUUCGGAAGCUGCGUGCUUGUCUGCGCUGCAAGUUCUUGAAGAAGACGUGUGACAAGGGUGAGCCUUGCGCUGGUUGCCAGCCGUCGCACGCCCGUCUGUGGCAAGUGCCCUGCACUCGAAUUGAUAUCAAGGAGAUUGGCUAUUUCAUGAAGGAUUGGAAGGCGGAUUACGAACGACACAUCUCGAUGGGAUUCUCGGUCGGCAACAUCAAGGGAUUCUCGGAUCAAGAACGUACCUUGUACAUCACCCACGGGUACGGUCAGAUCCUGCCCAUUGCCGCGCGGGAGGUCUUUGUCCGGGAUGAGCAGUGCUUCACGAUCGACUGGGUCGAGUCGAUGCACCGCGAGCCCACGGCGUACGAGGUCGAGACUGCCAAGCUUUCCGCCGGUAUGGAGGGUAUCUCGCAUGCAAUGCUGUCGGACUACCUGGACCGCCACAUCGACGGCAACGGCACCUUUGAGAAGUUUGUGGACGAUUACUUCGAGGGCACCCCCUUCCUCACCCAGAUGUUGAAGACCGCUUUCCGCUAUUACUACCGCACCAAGCUGCCCGUCAUCCGGAAAGCGCUCAAGCUUAUCAUCGCCUACAACUUGACCCUGCACGUUACCAUGGUGGAGGGACUGGGCGACGAGGAUGGAUUCCUUGGUCGGAUCAACGAGCCGGGCUCCAAAUUCCGCGGCAAGACCAUGGCCCCCGUCAUGAUCAACUUCCAGAUCAAGUGCGCCAUGGCCAGCAUGUGGCGUGAGCUGCAGAAGGAUGUCUUGGAAGAGCUGUCAGCCCUGUACUCCAGUGUGUACAGCGGUGACAAGUUGAAGAACUGGCCGACUAUCUUCGUGCUCGCAUCGAUUCUGCUGGCCGUUUGGGAGGAGAUGCAGUUCGACUGCCACUACCGCACCCCCGACCAGGCUGCCGUCGACAAGUUCUGCACCGACAUGGAGACUACCCCGGUUGGUGUCAUUGUCGGUCUCUUCCAGGCCAUCUCCCAGAAGCUGCCGCCCUUCACCGAGUGGGACUCGCAAAAACACCACCACCUCCUGUACUCCAACCCCGACGUGUGCAACACGAUGACCGAAGUCCGCCAACACGUGGAGCAGCAUGAGAGCUACCUUCGUGGCCGUUCUGGCACCCAAUUCGACCGUGGCGACUUCGACUGCCUGUCCAACAAAUUCGUGUCUCGCCUGGUCAUCCGGGCCAACUAG